UAAUGGUAUUAAUACUGUCUCCAAACCAACAUUUUGUACCUACUUGGAAACGAACUUGAAUAAUGACAUUUCAUAUAAAUUAUGCCAUAACGUGUUCGGCAACUUGUGGGGACAGAUCAGUGGCAAUGUCCUUGACAAUUGGACGAAGAGCAAGAUUUCUGGAUCCAUUGAAUUAGCCAACGACAACUUAAACGUGCAGGUGUUGGCCAACAAGGCGACAGACACAUCAAAUGAGUUAAAUAUUAACUUUACGAAGCAGAUAUUUAGCUCCUCUGUAAUAGGUGGUCAGUGCACGUUUAUAGCCGGACAAAAGUCCCCAAUACCUAUGGUGCUUAAAGGUUAUGAAGGAAUGUUGGGAUACAGAGAAGGUUAUAUGAGUUAUUCAGCCACUCUAAACCAGUCUCUUGCCUCAACCUUGCGAGCCGUAGCACGCCACAAUUCCAACUCAACUGCUUUGGAAGUAAAAUGUGAAUACGAAAAAAGAGAAAUUAAGUGCGUGCUAUCGCAACAGGCCGUCGUUACCAAAGAUAUAGAAGUCAAAG